GACGUGGCACUAUAGAGGAUUUAAGGUGGGCUGUUCAAAUGUCUGAACCUUCAGACCUGGCAGGAUUUCUCUCUGGGUUUAGACAUACCGCCCCGGCACUCACAGGAGACAUUGUUGCAAUGGAAAGGGUAGCUUGGGAGUUCUGUGAAGAUAUUGCCUCCAAUGGCAUUCUCUAUGUAGAAGCAAGGUUUUGUCCCCAUCUUUUAGUAAAUCCUGCCAAGGAAGGAGAACCAACAGCGGAUGAUAUUCUUGAGGCAACUCUAAGAGGUUUUAGCCGAGGUGAGGCUGAGUUUGGGAUCUGUAUUCGAACCAUCCUCUGCUGUAUCCGAGGUUUACCGGCAGCUGAUGCUGAUAUACUCAGACAGUGUAACAAGUACAGAGAUCAAGGGGUUGUUGGACUUGAUAUUGCUGGAGAUGAAGCAGGUUGCAACAACGCAGCACUGCAAGAAAUGUUCGAUGAGAAUGUAAUCAACAUUUACGACGAAGCCCGACGCUUAAAUAUCAAGCGAACAGUUCACGCUGGCGAGGUUGGCCCAGCUAAAUGUGUAGAUCAGGCUUUGAACCUUCUGCAUGCUAUGAGAAUAGGUCAUGGUUACCGAGUUCUUGAAGAUCAAACGCUCUAUCAAAAAUGCCUAAAGGAUCGUGUUCAUUUCGAGACUUGUCCCACUUCAAGCAUUCUCACAGGAGCUCAGCCCACCGAUAUUUUCUACCACGCUACUGUCAGGUUUGCUGAGGACGGAGCAAACUUCAGUAUAAACUCGGAUGAUCCCAUGGUCACCGGAACAUGGUUGGAGCAGGAGUAUGAAUUGGUCCGAUCCUGGGGAUUAAAUGAGACUCACAUUGUCAGAGGAAAUGUGAACGCCGUUAAAUCAUCUUUUCUUCCAGCUGACGAGAAGAAAGUGAUUCUCAAGAAACUCUACAAUGUUUACCAUUUAGACAUGGACUAGAUAAUGCCGCGUGGUUUUCAUUCGGGCAUUUCUCUUUUUUAUUUUAUUUUUAAAUCUAUGAUAUUUAUUUGAAAAUUAUGAUUAUUUUGUCUGUAAAUUAUUUUUGACUGCUUGCUCAGAAGUUCUCUAGUAUCAUCCGGUGUGACAUUGUGUACAAUGUACAUUGUACAUGUUUAACUUUACUUUAACUUAACUUUGCCAAAGCCUUAAAUCUUAAAUCUUGCAAAUAGUUCUAAACUCAUGUUUUAAACUAAUGUUUUAA